CUCCUUCUACACUCCAAUGAUCACCCCACCCCAAAGCCCUCAAAGCCAUGGCAGAAGAAGAGCAAGGCCAUCACCACCACCACCACCUUUUUCACCACCACAAGGAAGGGGAAGAGAACUCCGGCGUCGUCGACUACGAGAAAGAAAAGAAGCACCACAAGCACCUUGAACACCUCGGCGAGCUCGGCGCUGCCACAGCUGGUGCCUAUGCUUUGCAUGAGAAGCACAAGGCGAAAAAAGACAGCGAGCACAGCCAUGAGCACAAGAUGAAGGAGGAAGUUGCAGCCGCGGUGGCGGCCGGGGUCGGGGGAUUUGUUUUCCAUGAGCAUCAUGAGAAGAAAGAAGCAAAGAGAGAAGAGAAAGAGGCUCAUGGCAAGGAACAUCACCACCAUCUUUUUUGAACAACUUUUCCCUUUCAUAUGCAUGGGUUUGUUUGUGUGUGUUUUGGCUUUGUUUGUGAUGUUUGGCUUUCAAAAGUUUAAUCUCUUAUGUGGUUUGUAAAAUAAAUUUGAGAUGCUUUAGUAAAUAAUAAGAUUGAUCCUUCAUGUACUUGGAUUCAAUAUA